UUCCGCUUCCUGAAGAAUGUGAGAGCUGCGGUACGCAUUCCCUGUGGGCUAUAAGCGUUGAGGAUAUUGUGCCCCGCAGGUUUUUGUAUCUCGGAGUCAGGCAGCCGCAGUCACUUAUUUGGGGAAUUGCAUCGGAUUCACCGCUGCUCGGAGCGGUCCUUUCUUUUCCACCGGAGCGGAGGGAGAGUGCUGCCAUGACGGCCCCUGCUCAGCCCAAGAAAAUCGUGGCCCCUACCGUGUCCCAGAUCAACGCUGAGUUCGUGACCCAGUUAGCAUGUAAAUACUGGGCUCCCCAUAUCAAGAAAAAAUCACCUUUUGAUAUAAAGGUGAUUGAAGAAAUAUAUGAGAAAGAAAUUGUCAAAUCAAGGUUUGCCAUCAGAAAGAUAAUGCUCUUGGAAUUUAGCCAAUAUCUUGAAAAUUACCUCUGGAUGAAUUAUUCUCCAGAAGUGUCCAGCAAGGCCUAUUUAAUGUCAAUCUGCUGUAUGGUGAAUGAGAAGUUCAGAGAAAAUGUCCCUGCAUGGGAGACUUUUAAAAAGAAGCCAGAUCACUUCCCAUUCUUUUUCAAGUGUAUCCUGAAAGCGGCAUUAGCUGAAACUGAUGGUGAAUUUUCACUCCAUGAACAGACAGUCUUACUGCUUUUCCUUGAUCAUUGCUUCAAUAGUUUGGAAGUAGACUUGAUACGGAGUCAAGUACAGCAGCUUAUUUCCCUCCCAAUGUGGAUGGGUUUACAGCCUGCACGACUGGAAUUAGAAUUAAAAAAGACACCUAAACUAAGAAAAUUCUGGAACUUGAUUAAAAAGAAUGAUGAAAAGAUGGAUCCAGAAGCAAGAGCACAAGCCUAUCAAGAAAGAAGAUUUCUUUCACAACUCAUCCAGAAGUUUAUCUCUGUGCUGAAAUCAGUCCCACUUUCUGAACCUGUCACUAUGGACAAAGUUCAUUACUGUGAAAGAUUUAUUGAACUUAUGAUUGAUCUAGAGGCCCUACUCCCCACAAGACGCUGGUUUAACACCAUCCUGGAUGACUCCCACCUUUUGGUUCACUGUUACCUUUCCAGUCUUGUUCGUAGAGAAGAGGAUGGCCAUCUUUUUUCCCAGCUUUUGGACAUGCUUAAGUUCUAUACUGGUUUUGAGAUUAAUGACCAGACUGGAAACGCUCUGACAGAGAAUGAGAUGACCACAAUUCACUAUGACAGAAUUACUUCUCUACAGAGAGCUGCUUUUGCACAUUUUCCUGAACUGUAUGAUUUUGCCCUCUCAAAUGUCUCAGAAGUAGAUACUCGGGAAUCCUUGGUCAAGCUUUUUGGACCUCUUAGUUCAAAUACACUCCACCAGGUGGCAUCAUACCUCUGCUUGUUACCAACUCUUCCUAAGGCUGAAGACACAACUUUUGAUAAAGAAUUUCUUCUAGAAUUGUUGGUAUCUCGUCAUGAACGUCGAAUUUCCCAGAUUCAGCAGUUGAACCAGAUGCCUUUGUAUCCAACUGAGAAAAUCAUAUGGGAUGAAAAUAUUGUCCCAACUGAGUACUAUUCUGGGGAAGGUUGUCUUGCUCUUCCCAAGUUGAAUUUGCAGUUUUUGACUCUUCACGAUUACCUCCUAAGGAACUUUAAUCUCUUUCGCUUAGAAUCAACUUAUGAAAUUAGGCAGGACAUCGAGGAUAGUGUCAGCAGAAUGAAGCCAUGGCAGUCUGAGUAUGGUGGUGUAGUAUUUGGUGGUUGGGCACGAAUGGCCCAGCCCAUUGUGGCAUUCACUGUGGUGGAGGUUGCCAAACCCAACAUAGGUGAAAACUGGCCAACCCGAGUUCGUGCAGAUGUUACCAUCAAUCUGAAUGUCAGAGAUCACAUCAAAGAUGAAUGGGAAGGACUUCGGAAGCACGAUGUAUGCUUUUUAAUUACUGUGCGUCCCACAAAACCUUACGGUACCAAGUUUGACCGGAGGAGACCUUUUAUUGAGCAGGUUGGCCUGGUUUAUGUCAGAGGCUGUGAAAUCCAGGGCAUGCUGGAUGAUAAAGGGCGUGUCAUUGAAGACGGACCUGAACCCAGACCCAAUCUUAGAGGAGAAUCAAGGACAUUUAGAGUGUUUUUGGAUCCAAACCAGUAUCAACAAGAUAUGACCAAUACGAUACAAAAUGGAGCAGAAGAUGUGUAUGAAACUUUCAAUAUAAUAAUGAGGAGAAAACCAAAGGAAAAUAACUUUAAGGCUGUGCUGGAGACUAUUCGGAACCUGAUGAAUACCGAUUGUGUGGUACCUGACUGGCUGCAUGACAUCAUUUUAGGUUAUGGGGAUCCGAGUAGUGCACAUUAUUCUAAAAUGCCCAAUCAGAUCGCCACCCUUGAUUUCAAUGAUACAUUUCUCUCCAUUGACCAUUUAAAAACCAGCUUUCCUGGUCAUAAUGUUAAAGUAACUGUGGAUGACCGAGCUCUACAGAUACCCCCUUUCAGGAUAACUUUUCCAGUAAGAAGUGGAAAGGGGAAGAAAAGGAAAGAUGCAGACGGGGAGGAUGAAGACACUGAGGAGGGGAAAACCUUAAUUGUUGAACCUCAUGUUAUACCUAAUAGAGGUCCUUAUCCUUACAACCAGCCCAAAAGGAAUACAAUUCAGUUCACUCAUACACAGAUAGAGGCCAUCCGUGCUGGAAUGCAGCCUGGGCUAACUAUGGUUGUGGGCCCACCAGGUACAGGAAAAACAGAUGUGGCAGUCCAAAUCAUAUCCAACAUCUACCACAAUUUUCCAGAGCAGAGGACUCUGAUUGUUACUCAUUCCAAUCAGGCCUUGAACCAGUUGUUUGAGAAAAUCAUGGCUUUAGACAUUGACGAGCGCCACCUCCUGCGUCUUGGUCAUGGAGAAGAAGAGCUGGAGACGGAGAAAGAUUUCAGCAGGUAUGGAAGAGUUAAUUAUGUCCUAGCUCGAAGAAUAGAACUUUUAGAAGAAGUCAAAAGAUUGCAAAAGAGUCUAGGGGUUCCAGGAGAUGCUUCAUAUACUUGUGAAACUGCAGGCUAUUUCUUCUUAUAUCAGGUAAUGUCUCGUUGGGAAGAGUAUAUCAGCAAAGUGAAAAAUAAAGGUAACACAUUGCCAGAUGUUACCGAAGUCUCCACUUUCUUCCCUUUUCAUGAGUACUUUGCAAAUGCCCCCCAACCCAUUUUUAAAGGCCGAUGUUAUGAAGAAGACAUGGAAAUUGCUGAAGGAUGUUUCAGGCAUAUUAAGAAAAUCUUUACUCAGCUCGAGGAAUUCAGAGCGUCUGAACUGCUUCGAAGUGGACUAGACAGAUCUAAAUACCUUUUGGUGAAAGAAGCCAAAAUCAUUGCUAUGACCUGUACUCACGCUGCCUUAAAACGACAUGAUUUAGUCAAGUUAGGUUUCAAGUAUGACAACAUUUUAAUGGAAGAGGCUGCUCAGAUUCUGGAGAUAGAAACUUUUAUACCUCUUCUUCUGCAGAAUCCUCAAGAUGGUUUUAGCCGACUAAAACGUUGGAUUAUGAUUGGCGAUCAUCACCAGUUACCUCCAGUCAUUAAGAACAUGGCCUUUCAGAAGUAUUCAAACAUGGAGCAGUCUCUCUUUACUCGCUUUGUCAGGGUUGGAGUUCCUACUGUGGAUCUCGAUGCCCAAGGGAGGGCCAGAGCAAGCUUAUGCAACCUCUACAACUGGCGAUACAAGAACCUAGGAAACUUACCCCAUGUGCAGCUCUUGCCGGAGUUUAGUACAGCAAAUGCUGGCUUGCUCUAUGACUUCCAGCUCAUUAACGUUGAAGAUUUUCAGGGAGUGGGAGAAUCUGAGCCUAAUCCUUACUUUUAUCAGAAUCUUGGAGAGGCAGAAUAUGUAGUGGCACUUUUUAUGUACAUGUGCUUACUUGGUUACCCUGCUGACAAGAUCAGCAUUCUAACAACAUAUAAUGGACAAAAGCAUCUCAUUCGUGACAUCAUCAAUAGACGAUGUGGGAGCAAUCCAUUGAUUGGAAGACCAAAUAAGGUGACAACUGUUGACAGAUUUCAAGGUCAACAGAAUGACUACAUUCUUCUUUCUCUAGUGCGAACCAGGGCAGUGGGCCAUCUGAGAGAUGUCCGUCGCUUAGUGGUAGCUAUGUCUAGAGCCAGACUUGGACUUUAUAUCUUCGCCAGAGUGUCCCUCUUCCAAAACUGUUUUGAACUAACUCCAGCUUUCAGCCAGCUCACAGCCCGCCCACUUCAUUUGCAUAUAAUUCCAACGGAACCUUUCCCAACCAGUAGAAAGAAUGGAGAGAGACCAUCUCAUGAAGUACAGAUAAUAAAGAAUAUGCCCCAGAUGGCAAACUUUGUAUACAACAUGUAUAUGCAUUUGAUACAGACCACACAUCAUUAUCAUCAGACUUUGUUACAGCUACCACCUGCUAUGGUAGAAGAAAGUGAGGAAGUACAAAGUCAGGAAACAGAAUUGGAAACAGAAGAAGAGGCCAUGCCUGUUCAAGCUGACACUGUACCUAGUCUAACAGAUGCCAGCUCCAGUCAAGAAACCUCAACCUCUCAGACUGAGACCACCCCCAGUCAGACAGAAGACAGUUCCAAUCCAGAGGCCAUCCCUGCUGAAUCUGAGAUCACUGCUACUGUAGCAGGACCUGUAGCUAUACCAGCAGAGGAUAACACUCCUCAAGAUGCCACAUCCACGCCCGGAGAAACCAAGUAGCCAAACUGUAGCCCUUCUUAGGGAAACAUCUCAUUUAUAAAGUCUAGGAAGAAGACAACAACCCUUAUCACUGGACACAGAGAUGAUGCUGAAAUCAGACUACAUAAACCUUACUAAAAUGACCUUUAUAUUAAUUUCCAUUAAUUUCCCCAUAUAUUUACUUUCCCACAAUUUACCACCCCUAAGAGCCAAAACGCCACCCCCCCUUUUUUUUGCCCAUUUACUUCUCCAUGAUUUAUUAUCCUUUGUUAAAAUAGUAUAUAAGCUUCAAAGCCUAACAGCUUUUGGAGGAAUUUUUACUUUUCUGUGUAGCCCUAUGGAAGUAAAAUUAAAAACAUCAAUUAAAUGUGUAUGCUGUUGCUCCUAUUAAUUUGUCUUUUGACAGUUUAAUUCACGGGUUCCAGGUACAGACCUAAGAAGAUAGAGGAAAAGUUUUCCUUCCCCUAUGAAAAUAAGACUGUAAUACAUUGUUUUUCCUUAAGUAACCAGAGGCUAAAGUAACACAGCUGAAGAAGAAUCUAGAGGUGAAGUGAUUUGGAUAAAGUGUCAUAGUGCAAUUUGUUAAGUGUCAUGGUAUUAAUAGCAACAUCCUGAAAAUGCAGAUGAAUUAAAGUUUGAUCAAUGUACCAUGACAUUCGUUCAUGUGAGCCUUCUAAGAAAAGGUCACUGACCAUUCUCUGUUUACAUUUUAAUUGUAGA